AAAACACGCUUAAACUUGAUCUCAGUCUGAUAUUUUCAGAUAUUUGUUUCUUGGUAUUUUUCUCCUCUCUAUUUUUAACGCUUGCUUGCAACCAAUAUGACGUUUCCAAUAUGUUUUCAAUGUGGGACGCAUAGCAAUCCUUGUCGGUGCAAGGUGUUCGGCCCGACUCUUGGGUUCAUAGCGUUUGCGGUGGCUGGUAUUGUGGAGUGGCCGGUGGGGGCUUUGGUCUAUUGCUUUCGCCACAUGAAGGGCCGCCGCAUCAUGGCUCAUCCAGCCACCGUUGUUUACCCAACCGUCUCCAAUGCAAUUCCGAUUUGAUAACUUCUUCAUUUGGUGAAAGCAGCCUGCGUUAAAUCUGUGUACGUCUUAAUGUGUUAAAGUGCGUACGUAAGUUGUGUGUGUGUUCUUUUUUUUUUUUUAAAAUUUAUUUACUUUUUUAUAAUCAUGUAUUCGAGGCUUUAUCCCAAUUAGAUUUUUAGGACACCGUACGGUAGGUUCCUCCAUAUGGAUAGGAUAAAGUUCGAGCGGCCAAGCGGUUCCUUAAAUCGACCUGGCAUCUCCGAUCCAAUCGAUCCAACUACUCGGAUUAUGUAUUGUAUUUUUUUUUUUUUUUUGUUGUGUUUUACUUCGCUAAUUAUGAAUCUAUGAUGAUACCGGUUUGUGACUA